AGAAACGACAAAUUCUAUGAAUAGAUUUUUUCAUCUGGCCCCAUCAGGAGGAAAUAUUUCAUUUUCAAAAAAAUUUUUUGUAUCAAUUUAUUUUGUUGAAGUUUUUAAAAAAAUUUCAUUUUGAAAAUUUCAAAAGAGCCGACUUUCAAGAAAAUUUUCAUUCGUCUUCGAGAAAAAAAGAGAUAUACGAAGAUACCAAACGAAAAAUGGCAGGACAGAGAGGUGGUGUUACUAGGAUUCUCAAAAAACUUGAAAGAAACAUAGAGAAUGGCAAUUAUUACGAAGCACAUCAAAUGUAUAAAACACUGUCGUUCAGAUACAUUUCUCAAGAACGAGCCAGCGAUGCAAUCGAACUCCUAUAUAACGGUGCUAGCUUACUUCUCUCUAAAGACCAACAAGAGAGUGGUCUCGACCUCUCUUUAUUAUUAGUCAAUACUUUGACGAAUGAAAAAAUCGCAUUGGAGAACUGUAUUAUAGAAAAAUUAGGAAACCUUCACGACAAAAUGAGCAAAGAAAAUGUAGAACGCUUAAAUUUUAUGCAAUUAGCACUCAUUUGGACUACAGGUGGGAAAACGGAUCAAAGAGGUGAUCCUAGACUACAUAGAUUGUUUGCAAUGACAUUGUGGCGAAAGGCGAUUUAUGAUGAAGCACACCACCACUUCAUACAUGCAAGUGAUUCAGGAAGGGAUUGUGCGCAUAUGUUAAUUGAAUUUCACUUAAAAAAAGGAUAUCGCUCUGAAUGUGAUCUAUUCAUUGCAAAUGCUGUCCUUCAGUAUCUAUGCCUUAAAAAUGAGACUUCAGCCAUGGAAGUCUUGAAAACUUAUACAACUAAUCAUCCAUCAGUGGAAAAAGGCCCUCCAUUUGUACGACCUCUCUUGAAUUUUUGUUGGCUUCUACUUUUGGCAGUUGAAAAUCAGAAAUUUUUAGCAUUUUCAGUCUUGUUAAAAAAGUAUGAACCAUCAAUAGUGCGUGAUGCUUCUUAUAAAUGCUACCUAGAUAAAAUUGGACAGAACUACUUUAAUUUACCACCUCCGCAAAGAGUACCAGAAAACUCAUUUAUAGAUUCUAUUAUGAGAAUGUUCACUACUGAAGACGAUUUGUCUACACUAACGCACGACGACAUAGAAUAG